GAAGUGUGAAGGAAAUGAAAAGGACGUACACCGACGAGCUGGAAAAUCACUUUCUCUCUCUUUCUCUCUUUGUAUGAGCUGGUCACUGAACCAGCUAGCUAGCAGAUCUACUACAUACUAAAUACUCCCUCCCUCCCACUCCAUCCAUUCUUUCCUUCCUUCCUUCCUUCCUUCUCCAUUGCUCAUAGACCUCUCGCUUCUUCUCCAUUGCACCAAUAGAAUAAUGUCAAGAAGACCCUCCCGCCGUAUUGGUGAUGAUGGAAGUGUCCCAUUUGUGUCAUCUUUGCAAUCCAAAACUCGUUCAUCUCCUUGGGUAUCCAUUGGCCUCGUUGUCGUGGGUGCAAUUUUAAUAAUAGGAUAUGUUUACACUAGUGGCUCAGGUGGAUCUAGCGGUAGUAUCAACAGUGUCAACAAUAUCGAAAGUGGUGUCUCAUGUACAUUAGAAAUAGAAUCAGCAUUACCAUUUCUAAGGAAAACAUACGGUGACAAAAUGCACAAGGUUUUGCACGUGGGUCCUUCAACAUGCUCUGUGGUUUCCAAAUUGUUAGAAGAAGUGGAAACCGAAGCUUGGGGUAUUGAACCAUAUGAAUUGGAAGAUGUUGAUAGUAAUUGCAAAGGACUUAUAAGCAAAGGCAUAGUUCGGGUAGUUGAUAUCAAGUUUCCUCUUCCUUAUCAGUCAAAAUCAUUUUCACUUGUGGUUGUGUCCGAUGCUUUAGAUUAUAUGUCACCCAAAUAUCUAAACAAGACAUUGCCUGAGUUAGCAAGAGUUUCCAAGGAUGGUAUUGUUGUAUUUAAUGGUUACCCAGGUAUCCAAAAAGUAAAAGUAGCAGAGCUUUCCAAAUUUGGUCGUCCGGCGAAAAUGCGAAGCUCAUCUUGGUGGAUAAGGUACUUCAUUCAGACAGGGUUAAAAGAAGAUGAAUCUGCCUCAAAGAAGUUCCAACAAGCUGCCAAAAAGAAUUCAUACAAGCCAGCCUGCCAAAUCUUUCACCUCAGGUCACACCACUAAUUACUAUUCAAAGAUUUAUAUGUGGUGAAAACCGCAAUCCAUAAGAUUAUUCUUAAGAAAAAAGAUCGUUAAGUGGCAAAUGAUUUUACUUAUGGGUUGGCGAUCAUAUGAAAUUUUCCUUUGUAAUCAUUGGUGUUGCUGAUUAUUAUUGUUUCUAGAGAAGUUGUUAUCUAUAGGGGUGAGUAACAAAAACAGUUAUAAUAUGGUGCAAUUUUCUCACAAUAUAUACACAUUUUAAAUUGUAAUGGAUCAUCAUUUGUUCAAUACCAUGCUCUGUUGGAAAAUUUGACAGGGGUUAGGGUUCCUUAUA